CCGGCCCCGGCCCCGCCGCCGCCCCCAUGUAGCGCCGCGGCCGCCCCGCACCCGCCCAGCCGCGGGGCCGCCUCCGGCAUGCGGAGCUGCAAGAUGGUGCGGGUGGCCAGCGUGCUGGGGCUCGUCAUGCUCAGCGUCGCGCUGCUCAUCCUCUCCCUCAUCAGCUACGUCUCGCUCAAGAAGGACAACAUCUUCGGGGCGCCCCGCGCCGCCGGCCCCGCCGGGCCCCGCAUGUACAUGUUCCACGCGGGAUUCAGGUCCCAGUUCGCGCUGAAGUUCCUGGACCCCUCGUUCGUCCCCAUCACCAACUCGCUGAGCCAGGAGCUGCAGGACAAGCCCUCCAGGUGGGCCUUCAACCGGAGCGCCUUCGCCCACCAGAGGCAGGAAAUCCUCCAGCACGUUGACGUCAUCAAGAACUUCUCUCUGACCAAGAGCAGCGUUCGGAUCGGGCAGCUGAUGCACUACGAUUAUUCCAGCCAUAAGUACGUUUUCUCCAUCAGCAGUAACUUCAGGUCUCUGCUCCCCGACGUGUCUCCCAUCCUGAACAAGCACUACAACAUCUGUGCCGUGGUCGGGAACAGCGGCAUCCUGACCGGGAGCCAGUGCGGGCAGGAAAUCGAUAAAUCAGAUUUUGUCUUCCGGUGCAACUUCGCCCCGACCGAGGCUUUCCAGAAAGAUGUUGGAAGGAAAACCAACCUCACCACCUUCAACCCCAGCAUCCUGGAGAAGUAUUACAACAACCUCUUGACCAUUCAGGAUCGCAACAACUUCUUUUUAAGCUUGAAAAAGCUCGAUGGGGCUAUUCUGUGGAUCCCCGCUUUUUUCUUCCACACGUCGGCGACGGUCACGAGAACGCUGGUUGACUUCUUCGUGGAGCACAGAGGGCAGCUGAAGGUCCAGUUGGCUUGGCCAGGGAAUAUCAUGCAGCACGUUAACAGGUACUGGAGGAACAAGCACCUGUCCCCCAAGCGGCUGAGCACAGGUAUCCUCAUGUACACCCUCGCCUCUGCCAUCUGUGAGGAGAUCCACCUGUAUGGAUUCUGGCCCUUCGGCUUCGACCCCAACACGCGGGAGGACCUCCCGUACCACUACUACGACAAGAAGGGAACCAAGUUCACCACCAAGUGGCAGGAGUCCCACCAGCUGCCUGCAGAGUUCCAGCUGCUCUACAGGAUGCACGGGGAAGGACUGGCCAAACUCACCUUGUCGCAUUGUGCCUAAGAACCUACAUCUCCAAGUGCCAAAUGAUUGUCUAAAAAGUGCCCAAAUCCGACUUAAACAUUCUCCAGAUAGAAUUCUAAAAAGGAAACAAACCCACCCUAAAAGUCUUUUCCAUAAUGUAAAGAUGCUUUUUAGCCACUGCCCUUCCAGGGGUUUCAGCUUAUUUAGCGGUGCAGAAGCUUUUAUCACGUUCUGUGGGUGCAAUUUGUGCAGCAGCAAAGUUGAGAUAUUUUGCAUUUCCAGAUAAGCCACUCAGUAUGUUUUAAGAGCUCUUCAUAUUUUAGCGUCCCACUAAAAGCCCUAAAUCUCUUCAUUUUAUUGUUCCUACCCCGUUAGAACUAGAAAUGCUGGUUUUAAAAGGUUUUGCUUCUUUUGUCUAUGUUGCUCUCAAUAGCUCAGCGCUGCCGUGGCUGACAGAUAAAGGCACUGGGAACCCCAGUGCAUCGUCACGAGCAAAUCCCUCUGUGUGGAUCCAGAGUUCCACCGCUUGGGUAUUUUCAUAUUUACUGAAUUUUACAUUUUUUAAAGAAUAACAAGAAGAAGGCCACGAUAUGGUUCGCACCUUAGCUAGGUGUUUAUAUGACUCUUGGAAUACUUCAUUGUUUUAAUUCCAUUUGGGACACAUCCUAGUCCAGACUAUAGAGGCUGAAGCAUGUUCAUUCCCAUCCAUCUGCUGCUAUUGGGUCAUUUGUUUUAAAGCUGAAAGAUUUCCCCAUUUACAUCUGUAACUCCCCGGUCAAACCACUGAAGUAGUGGCCCCAUUUCCCAGUCAC